AUGUACCAGAUCCGGAAGGAGACGGCAAGCUACAAGGGCCUGGGCCUGAGCAUUUGGUCGUCGUUCGAGGAGGUCCAGGAUUUCCUGCACUCGGCAAGCAAGCAGAGCAGCUGCGGGAGGAGCUGCGCGUGCGAGACGGCCCUCGCCGGGUCGAAGUGCUACGAGAGCAUCGCCUACGUCAUCAACGAGGGCAUCAGGGAUCACCCCGAGUGGUACAAGGGCUUGUCGCCGGACUCGGCCCCGCACGAGUUCCAGAGCCACCUCAGCAGGUGGGUCAGCGAGGCGAACUGCUCGAGGCCUUGCAAG